AUGAUUCGACGCAAGCUUGCGUCUGAAGGAAACCUAGAGAGCCGAUUGGUUCGCUUUGCUCGCUUGUCUAGAUUAGACGGCAAACGACCAUUUUCCUCUGAAAGUGCUGGUUCUCGGACGAGCGUUCUGUAUCCUUUGCUGGGAGGUUCUGUUGUGCUUGCAACCGCUGGAGCAACAAAAUAUGUCCACGAUAAUGUCGGUGGAACGGAAGGGUUGACUCGAAGCUUGAGCUUCUAUAGUUUUGCCAUUCCAAAAUAUGUUGAAUAUCGAUAUCAUAUGUACAACAAGUCACCAGAUCACGUUUGGGACAAGCUGGAUACGGAUACUUCGAAAACAGCCCUGGACAAAGCAUACGAGCUUGAAGGUUUCUACAUCAAAGGUGGGCAGAUGGUGGCGGCCAAUAUGGGUGGAGCUUUUCCACAAAUUUGGCAAGAUACAAUGAGCGUUCUACAGGACCAGGUCCCUCCCCAAGAUUUCACAGUGAUCAAGGAUAUCGUCUCGAGUGAACUUGAUUUUGACGAAGUCUUUAGCUCGUUUGAAGAAACGCCAAUUGGAUCAGCUGCGAUUGGCCAAGUGCACAGAGCAACACUGAAAAAUGGGACCCCAGUAGUUGUUAAAGUCCGAUAUCCAAACGUCGAAAGAAUUCUUAGAGGUGAUGUUGUCACGAUCAAAAUGUUUGCACAAAUUGCCCAGCCAGUCCAUGUACCAGCACUCGAAGAGAUAGAAGAGCAGUUCAUGACCGAAUUUGACUAUGUCCAGGAAGGUCAACAGCUCGAAAAUGUGCGUAAGAAUCUUCGAAAGGCGGGACUAGAGGGACCAGGCAAAGCGUGCCGAGUCCCAAAACCCUACCUACAUCUUUGCACAGAACGUGUUCUUGUCAUGGAAGAACUUCAUGGGGUCAAAUUAGCAGAUGGUCUCAAAGACGAGAUGGGGAUUCAAGCCAGACGAGAAGGCAAGACGACAGAACAAUACAUGUCAGAAAUGAAGCAGAAGGAGAGGCUUGCAAAAGAACGAGGAGAAGAGCUGAAGGGUCCAAGCUCAAGCGAAUAUGACAUGUACAUUUCAGUCUUGAACAAGCAGAGACUGGUUUCAAAUACUCUGAGAAAGCUGCAUAACAUUUCAGUUGGAUGGUUCCCAGGAAACAAGAUGAAAGUGAUCGAAGACAAGUCUGCACUUCCAGUUAAUCAUGCAAAGAUGAUCGAUGAUCUUUUCUACAUUCAUGGACAUGAAAUCUUGGUGGAUGGAUAUUUUAAUGGGGAUUGUCAUCCCGGAAACAUCAUGCUUCUUCGUGAGGUUGAUGGUAGUCCAUCUAUUGGGUUAAUUGAUUAUGGGCAGGUUAAGAAAAUCUCCAAGGAAACAAGGCAUCUAUUUGCCCGGCUCCUCAUUGCACUUGAUGAUGACAAUAAAGAAGAAAUUGUGAGGCUGAUGCAAAAGGCAGGAAUGAAAACUGAGAAAAUGGACCCAGAAGUUCUCUAUCUUUAUGCCAAAGUGAGUUACGAUACAAUUAACGACAAAAUACUGCAGGGCAAGCAUAUUCAGCUCUUCAUGGAAGACUUGGAAAGUCGAGAUCCAAUCGUACAGCUUCCAACUGAGUUACUCAUGGCGUCACGCUGCUCAAUCCUUCUACGGGGACUUGCUAUGGCUCUUCAUCAGAACCGAUCAGCUGCAAGCGCAUGGAGACCGAUUGCAGAACGAGUACUUCAGACGGAAGCAUAA